UUGUCCCUGAAUAUGUGUCCCUGCUACAGCACUGAUUUGAAGCUAGCUGCAAAAUUUAGUGUUUGAAUGAAUUUCAGUUUUAGAAACCUCAGAGGUGGGGAAUCUCCCAUUCUGCACUGUUUCAUGUUGUGUUUUAGGCUCUUAACAGUCCCCUCUAUAUCUGAAAGUACAAAUUACUGUGUUUUGGUUUAUACAACCAUAUUCAGGACUUUGAGUGAGAUUAUACCCAGGAGUAGCUUCAGUGGGGGAGUUGAAUUUAUGUUAUCCUGAACCUUAUGCAGCCACAUGAAUCCUUUAGAUUUGCCUUGUACUCCUUCUGGGUAAUCUAGACAUGUAUAAAGAAAAUGUCACCAGGGAAAAGGACCCUUUAUAAAGACCACAUCACUACAGAGAAAAUGUGAUGAGCUCCAGCAGAAAAAUAAACAGUUAUGAUUUUAGAAGAACAUUCCAUCUUGCUGAAAAGAAAGAAACAACAAUAAUUAACACAGACUAGAAAAAGGUGGAAAGAUAAUUGCACGUUCAUUUCUUUUAAUAUCCAGAGAUUUCUUGCCUGUGCUCUCUUGUAUUUAUUGUUUUAGCCCUGGUUUACACUACGAGUUUAGGUCGAAUUUAGCAGCAUUAGAUUGAUUUAACCCUGCACCCGUCCACACAAUGAAGCCAUUUUUAUCGACUUAUUGGGUUCUUAAAAUCGAUUUCUGUACUCCUCCCCGACGAGGGGAUUAGCGCUGAAAUCGACAUCGCCAGGUCGAAUUUGGAUUAGUGUGGACGCAAUUCGACGGUAUUGUCCUUCGGGAGCUAUCCCACAGUGCUCUCGUGUGACCAUUCUGGACAGCACUCUUGGCCUGGAUGCACUGGCCAGGUAGACAGGAAAAGCCCUGGGAACUUUUGAAUUUUAUUUCCUGUUUGGCUGGCGUGGCAAGCUGAUCAGCACAGGUGACCGUGCAGAUCUCAUCAGCAGAGCUGACCAUGGAGUCCCAGAAUCACAAAAGAGCUCCAGCAUGGACCCAACGGGAGGUACUGGAUCUGAUCGCUGUGUGGAGAGACGAAUCAGAACUCCGUUCCAAAAGACGAAAUGCCAAAAUAUUUGAAAAAAUCUCCAAGGGCAUGAAGGACAGAGGCUAUCACAGGUACCUGCAGCAGUGCCGCGUGAAACUUAAGGAGCUCAGGCAAGCCUACCAAAAAACCCAAGAGGCAAACGCCCACUCGGGGUCAGAGUCCCAAACAUGCUGCUUCUAUGGUGAGCUGCAUGCCAUUCUAGGGGGUGCCCCUACAACUACCCCACACCUGUACAUGGACUCCUGCAAGGGAGUCUCAUGCAACAGGGAUGAGGAUUUUGGGGACGAGGAAGAUGAGGAGGAGGGGGAGGUUGAAGAUCGCGCAGACCAGGCAAGUGGAGAAACCAUUCUCCCCGACAGCCAGGAACUGUUUAUCACCCUGGAGACAGUACCCUCCCAACCCAGGUUCCCGGAACUUGAAUGCAGAGAAGCACCUCUGCUGCAAAUAUUUCAAUGCUGUGACUAGCAUCUCCGUCCCAGAGGCUAGUGCAGAUAAGAAGGCGAAAAAAACGCACUCACCAUGAAAU